CCCGCCCCUCCCCCAACCCACGACCCAAUGAGAGCGUUCGACCGUUGCGGACUCUGACGCUCCGACCAAUCGGCUCGACGCAGAGCGGUGAGGGGGCGUCGCGGUGACGUCACGGAAGGACAAAUUCAUUAGGUCUGGAGGACGAGCGUUCUCUGUCAGCCGGUGAGGGGCCAAGUGAGCGCCAUCUUAGGAGGUGAGUGCAGCGCGCUGGCUGCGGCGGUGAUACCGAGCCCGGGGUGGGCGCUUUGCUCUGUGCUGGCGGCGCUCGGCCGUGUGUGGGUGCUGCCGUUCACAAUGGAUAAAGCGGGGGGGGAGGUGUUCGCAUCGCUCAGAGGUCACCUCGCCCGGCGGCCCUGCGUGAGGUGCAAUGGCUGACAUUGAGGCCCUGCUACAGGGCUCUCCCAGUACAGGCCGGGGUCAGUCACUGAGCGCCUAUAGCAGCCAUCCCGUGUGUCCAUGGAGCAUAAUCAGAGUGAGUCUCUUAUCGCAGUAGUGGAGCAAUGUACUAACAUAACGCAGCGUUGCUGUAUACCGCAGGGUCGAACCGUUGCUGCUCUGGUGGGAUUGCGUUUUUUUACUCUGUAUAUCACCCAUAGUAUGACUUGUGAAUGCAGAUAUUUGCCUAAAAAUGUAAGCGUGUUUUGUAUAUGAGAGGUUCCCAACCCAGUCCUCAAGUACCCCCUACCAGUCCAGGAUUUAGGGAUUACCCAGUUGUGUUUAAGGUGCUUUUAGUAAGAGGAUAUGAUUAGACACUGUGGGCACCCAUACCGAUUCAUUGCAUUGAAGUGGUCUGGGUGCAGUGCCCCUGUCCCCUUAACCUUGCAAUGUAAAAUAUUGCAGUUUUAGAGGUCUUUACUGCCUCUAAAUCUUAACUCUGAAACAUGACACCGGACGUACUCGCACUCUGCAUGUCCAGCAUCUUGCAAAUCCUUAUAGGAAAGCAUUGAUUUAAUUCUUUCCUGUGGGAAAGGCAAUUGAGCCAGCACUGGGAAUCUGGUAAGUCAGGAGGGUCUUUGGCCCUUUAAUUGCCACAGGUGAGAAUUCAAGGUGGAUUCAAAGUUAACUUAAUAUUUUAAGGUCAAAAUAGCUGAAUGAAAGACUACAAGUCAGCUAUGCAUCCCAUUUCACUAAUCAGGCUUUAAACUUGAAAUUCUCUUUAAAUUUUAUCUUUAGUCAAUACUGUUGGAAGUGCCUUUUUUAUAAAGGGAUUGGGUAGGUAAUUGAGAGGUAUCAACAGGAUUGUAACUAGUGGACCAGAAUAGUUGAGCUGGAAAAGCUGGUGAGCCAAGAAUCCUUUUCAGGUCAGUUAUUUUACUGUACAGUUUGCAGUUUGUUUGAAUCUUCCCAUAUACAUGGCAAAUCAACAAUCCUUUUAGACUACACUUUUAAUUUUAUUUUACAUUAUAUCAUUGCGUAUUAUAAUCCAAAGUGUGAAUAAUAAGGAAUUUUAAUUUUUUAGGUCAAAAACUGUCUGAAAUCAGUAUAAAGAUAUAGUAUUCCAAUUCAGCUGUGUUGGCCUAAAACCUGAUUCAUUAGUAAUACUAAUUUUUUAUUAUUAUGAAACUUGUGUGCAGUGCCUGUAGAAGGUUUUAAUUUGUUUUGUAUUACCUUUUUUGUUGUUUAGUCUCAACCAUUGCAUGGCAUCUAGUUGUAAGUGAUAUGGGAGUGAGGGAGACUCGUGAUGUUUUUUUGGCUCAGUCUUAUGGACGUGUCCAUUACUUUUAAAGUUUUUGGGUACUUAUGAAGUAAAGGCAUUGCUGUUUAACACAAUAUUCUGCCUGGUUUUUGGUUAAGUAGAUGUAAUAUAUUGCUGUUUCUUUUAUUUAUGGCUUAUUUCUCUAUUUAUUCACAGCUGCCAAAAUGUAUUCAUCUGUAGCGCAGCUAGCCCGGGUAAAUCCCUUCAGUGCUCCUCACUUCCAACUGGGACAAGACUCUGUAACUUCCAGGAAAUGUACUAACCCUCAGGCCCAACCCACUCGUCACCUUGCUGCUGCUGCUGUACAAGAUGGUAUGUUGAUCCUAAUGACAUUGAAUUCACUUUAGCUGUCAUUACUACUUUAAACUGAUUUUCUCCUGAAUGUAAUUGGUGGGCAUACAGCCCCAGCUACAUGGCUUUACUGUGAUUUUAUCUAAAAAUUGAUUCCCACAGAAGGUCAAACACAGAUGUUGUAGAACUUUAACUACCAUGAUUUGCAUGCUUUUAGAAUGAGAAAGCAUCACCGAAGCUGUAGUUUUUAAAACAUCUGGGGUCUACCAUUUGGGCACCCCUGCUUUAGACAUACAUGGAUUAGCACACAAUGGUAGUACCCAGAUACCCAGGUGGUCUUUAAAACUUUUAUACAUAUGUCUACAGUGUUUUAUUCUGGUAAGAGGUUAGAUUUGUAAUGUUUCUACCUGUCAAUUUUAAUCAAACAGAUGAAUAUAGCUGUGCUUACGGAUCGGCAAAAUUCUUUGCUCUCUGUGGCUUUGGUGGAAUCAUAAGCUGUGGUACAACUCAUACUGCAGUAGUCCCUCUAGAUCUGGUUAAAUGCAGGAUCCAGGUUUGUCUCAGCAUGGUUCCCACUAAAUGACUGCUGUAAUAUAAACUAACUGAUUUGGCAAGCUUGUUUAUUACUAAAUAUGAACGUCGAGUGUUUUUACUUAAAGCAUGGUGUGUAUUAAUAUUUAUACUACAGGUGAUUACAGCUGUGAAUAUGGUUCAGCACAGUUUUAUGCAAUGUGUGGCUUUGGUGGCAUCCUCAGUUGUGGUUUAACUCACACUGCUGUCGUACCGUUGGAUUUGGUGAAAUGUCGUAUUCAGGUGGGUAUUUCACACAAUACUAUAACUGUUUUAAUGUUUUGUUUUUUAACAUGUCUUGUAUAGGUGUAAUUUUUAUAUUUUUUUGUAAUUUUUUUUAAGGGUCACUAAAAGUACCAUUAAUGCUAUAGUUUGCUUCCAUCGGGAUUCUGCAGCCCAGAAGCUCUCUUGACUGAGCAAGGCCCAGUGGUGCAUAGCUUUGUAGGCUGCGUGCAAUUAGCUGACACUCUCAGCCACUAAUUAGUUCAGCAUGGCAUAGAUUAACUCGGGAGCUUUUGCUCCCUGUACUAGAAGAGCAGCAGGGACCGGCUGACCCCAGAUGAGAAGUUGAGCAUUAAGACACCCGCAAACCGUUUACUUAUGGUGGAUGGGCAAUAGACACAACAACCACAAUAGUGCACUGUAGUGGUUAUGGUAUUUAGUGUGUACCAGAACCAUGAAAAUAGAAAUUGCUAAAAUUUGGGGGCUUUUAAGGGGAAACUCAGGGCACCAAAAGAGACUAUAGUGUGAAACCUAGUCACUCACAGUCCGACCCUGCUUCAAAUAUUGGUAAAGCAGCAGUUCAUACUAAAGCAUUGGUGAUAAUAAUCCUGUUCAUGAUUUGAUUUAUUUUCAUUAAGUGAAAGUGUCAGACUGCUCCUUUUUUAAACUACCUGGUUAAAACCUUUGUAUGUGUCCCUUGUGUCUUUCACAUUGACUCUGGGUGAUAUGACUUGUGCAAACGUUGUAGUAGUACUGAAAAACAUGCUCCCUUAGAUCCACCUUUGUGGAUGUCCUUCUUAUGCUGAGCAGCGAAUAGCUGUUUCAGGUAAGAGACAUCCAACAACUUUUCUGGUUGUACAGUUGAAGGUGCUUGAGUCAUUGGCAUGUGAAAUUACUAUACCUGUAUUGGAGGCUGUUAAUGUUCUGAUGGCAGUGGCUGCAAUGUUGUUGUAUGCCAUGUUCCACUAUCAGAGCUUUGCUGACAAACGGACACUUGCACACUUUAUUGUAAAGAUUUAGAUAUGUGCCAUGCAGUAACACAGAUUAUUAGCUAGUAUGUAUUGUUAUGCCAGCGUUGUGAAUCAAGUGGUAUUCUAUGCUUUUUGCACACAGAUUUAUCGUUCAUGUGAAUAAAAUAAGUAGAAUUUAUUUUAUUCCCAACAUGAUGUUGCUUGCUUACAGAACCCUUUUUUAAUAUAUUCCUUUGUGUUUUUACUUGGUCUGAUGAGCCUUGCUGCAGUGCCAGCAUUGAAGCUGACAAAGCAGUAUGUGUUUUUUUAAUAGUUCUUUAACCGCUGUAACGACCCUUUAGUCAGCUGUCACGUCUUCAGCUUUUAAAUUUCUAAUAUCCAGGGUGCUUUAUCACCACCCUCCUACACUGCAAAAUCCUAGAUAGAUGUACAGUAUGCAUAUUUUGUGGUACUUGUCUCUGUGAUCGCUUAUUACGCCAGCUUUUCUGGCAGUGCUGUACAAUACUAUAAAGGGACAAUUUUAACAAUUAGUGAAGUGGGUAUAUAAACAAGAGGUUGAUCAGGACACUGUUUGAAAGAGCUUAUAAUAUAGCCACUUUAGAAUUUGUUUGAUCCUGCAUGCUUUGAAUUUUGAAAUUUAGUGUACUCGCCGUAUAAUGGAAAACUGCAGAUGCAUGUGCAGUACUAGUACUCUGGGCAAUCUAUUCAUUUCAGACUCUCAUAGCCAGGUGGAUUUUAAAAAUGAUCUUUUACUUAAAGGGAUACUCCAGACACCAAAACAACUCAAUUUAAAUGAAUUUAAGAUUACGUUCUCAAGCAGUUUAAGCCCAGAAAGGCCUCCAGCACCGGUCACCACUCCUUCUCCUCUGGUGGCUGAUGCUCUCAGCCAGUCAGUGACUCCUCAUUCACUAAACUGGAUUGCAAAGAAACCUACAUGUUCAUUUUUCUGACUUUAUAGUCAAGAGAACCAUUACAGCUGAAUCCAGUGUUUGUGGUGUCUAGAGCUUGUCCCUGCAGGGCUUUCAAUGUAAACACUGCCUUUUCAGUUAUGAUCUCCGCGAUGGACGUGUGAGUUAAAUCACCCUCUAAUUGCAAGGUGAGAGCGGUUCGGUCAUCUAAACAGACAUUUCUAAAACAUGUUUGUUCCUUUAAUUCAAGGGUUCUCAACCCAGUCCUCAAAGACCCCCUACAAGUCCAGGACUUAGGGAUUCCCCUGUUGUGUCUAAAGUUUUUGUCCCCCCACCCCCCCUGUUCCCCACCUAAAACACAUUAGAGACAGCAGGGUAAUCCCUAAAUCCUGGACAGUUUGGGGAUCCUUGAGGACUGGGUUGAGAAUUUAAUAACAGGAGGUUACUGUAGGGUCUAGAAGGCUAUAAUAGAGCAGGAGAUAAGAAAUUCUUACUAAAACAUAAUGUGCAAUAAAGGAAAUUUAAACAUUUAGAUCUCUUACACAAAUUGUUUAGGAAGGCUCUGCAACGUGCAUAUGCAGGGAGGUGUGACCAGAGUUUUAUAAACAAAGUGGUUUAUCCAAAUGGUAGAGUAUUUAGCAUAUAUUAAACUAUAAAUAAGGGCAUAACGUAUAUGCCCAAAUUGCUUAAUUGAGCUAAAGUUGUUUUGCUGCCUAGUCUCCUUAAUUGCUAAAUCUUCAAACUUGAUUUGAUUUUCCAAUUUAGUAGAUACACCCUUGUGAUAAUGGCAGUUUAUCAUUUUCAUUGUACAUUUAAUGUGUGGAUUAUAUUCUUUUUAAAACUGGUGUUAAUGCUGCCUUUUAUAUUUCACUCACUGACUUUAUUUUCCCAAAAGAAAAGCUGUUUUACUCUUUACCAGUUAUCAGUGCAUUCCAUAAAUAUAUUGCACUUUGCAGUGGUUAUGGUGCUUGGAGUGUUUGUUAAAAUAUGCACUUUUUUUUUUUUUUUUCUGAUUCACCUACCCAUGUUCAUGUAAGCAUAUUUUGUAUGCUCUAACUAGUUCAUGGCCUGGCACUUCAAUGGCGGACACUUUUAUAUUUACACUUUGUUCUGAAUUGCAUGAAUUCUCUGAUCUCUUGAAAUUGUUAAAUGUCGGUUUGUUGACCUUGUUCUGUUCAUUUUGUUUGUAAACCAAUACUUAAUUUGUUUGUUUAGGUGGACCCCAAAAAAUACAAGAGCAUCUUCAAUGGCUUCUCUGUAACUCUUAAAGAAGAUGGCGUUCGUGGUCUUGCAAAAGGAUGGGCACCAACAUUCAUAGGCUAUUCCAUGCAGGGCUUGUGCAAAUUUGGUUUCUAUGAAGUGUUCAAAGUACUGUACAGCAAUCUUCUAGGGGAGGUAAGUAAACACUAUUAUGGCUGGUCAUGAUAUAAAGAAACAAUAGACUGAUUAAUACUCUAUGUAUAUUCUCGUUGGCUACAUCCUUGUGUAUUUCCUAUGCUCCAAUGGCAUCACGGUGUCUAGAUCUUAUAGCUUUGUGUACUUGUGCAAGUUUGCCCUCAGCAGGCUAUACUGUAACAUAACAUGUUUGUCAAUUUUUUUUUUUUAGGAAAAUACUUACUUGUGGCGUACAAGCCUCUACCUAGCUGCAUCUGCCAGUGCAGAGUUUUUUGCUGAUAUUGCUCUGGCUCCAAUGGAAGCUGCAAAGGUGCGCAUUCAAACACAACCAGGUUAUGCAAAUACUCUGAGGCAAGCUGCACCCAAGAUGUACGCAGAAGAAGGGAUCUGGGCGUAAGUAGACAUUGACUUAUGCUUCGUAAGCUUGAUCUUAUGUCUCAAUUAACAUGCUCCCUUAGAUCCACCUUUUGUGGAUGUCUACCUGGUCCUGAGUUCUGCUUGAUGUUUAGCAGUUCCAGGUCAGGGAUAUCCAGCAACUUUCUGGUUGUACAGUUGAAGGUGCUUGAGUCAUUGGCAUGUGAGAUUAAUAUACCUGUAUGGCGGCAUUGAGUGCUCUGCUAGCAGUGGUUGCAACAUUGUUGUAUGCCAUGUUCCACUAUCAGAGCUUUGCUGACACACGGACAUGUGCACACUUUUGUUUUUGUAAAGGUUUAGAUAUAACGUGCUGUGCAGUAACACUGAUUAUUAGAUAGUAUGUCUUGUUAUGCCAUUACUGUAUAUCAAAUGAUAGUCCAUGCUUCUUGCAAAAAUACAUCUUUUCUCUUGAAGUUGAUUUUUAAAUAGGCAGAGUUUGGUCAUGAGAACUUAGCCAGCCUUGAAUCAAUUGCCUCGUGCUUCUGGGUAAUUAAAAAGUGUGGAGGGUAUAAAAAGAAAUUCGCAGUUAAAUUAAAAUACUGCAAGGAUGAUUCCUGCCAAAUUGGGGUUUUAGAAAUGCUAAAAAAUGCUGUUCUAAUGUGAAAUUUCUUUUUUUAUUCUCUGCAGAGCCUAGGGACAUAAUGCUGCAUUAUAGCACUGUAGUGCCAUAAAUACAUGUUUAUAUUCCUGACUCUCUAGUAUUCUAUAAUGGCACUCACCUCCAGAUUACCCUACACAGCCAGGCACUGCUAAUUAAUAUAUUUAGAUUUAAGUCUUCUACUUAACCAUUUCAUUAACGAUUCAUUAAUCAUGAUUAGAUGAAAUUUAUGCUUUAGUGCCACAGAUGUUGGUGCUGAGUCUCUCGUAAUGUGAGCAAUGGUCGGAAAACUGUUGCCAAGGUUUUCACACUAUAUUUGCAAAUCUCAAUAUCUGCCUGCUAAUCGUAUUUAUUUUUUCCUGCAGUUUCUACAAAGGUGUUGCUCCUCUUUGGAUGAGGCAGAUUCCAUACACUAUGAUGAAAUUUGCCUGCUUUGAACGUACAGUUGAAGCUCUGUAUAAAUAUGUUGUUCCAAAGCCCCGAAGUGAAUGCUCAAAGGGUGAACAGUUGAUUGUUACGUUUGUGGCUGGUUAUAUUGGUAAGUGUAUCAUGCUAAUCUGUGGUUUGUUUUUUUGUAUUCUAUAUGUUCUUUCCAAUAUAAAAGGGUGGGUAGUACUCUAGUCAUCACUAUCAUGUAGCUCUCAAAUUGGGCUAUUUUCUAUACCCUCUUUAAAUGGGUAAAUAAGACCAAAUUACAUCUUAACAAAGUGAAUUUUGUGUCCUAGUUGCAGGAAGGUUACUCUGGUGUAAUUUUGAAAUAUUUCUCACAACCUCUUUAUUUUAUUUUUAUAGCUGGUGUGUUCUGCGCUAUUGUUUCUCAUCCUGCUGAUUCUGUGGUCUCUGUUCUGAACAAAGAAAAGGGUAGCACUGCUGGGGAGGUUUUGAAAAAACUUGGGCCAAAAGGUACGUUCUGCAACUUCAUCAACAUUCCUUUUGAACAUUAAUACUUUUUCAGUAAAUGUAAACCUACAUAUUUUUCUUUGUCUUUCAGGAGUCUGGAAGGGAUUGACUGCCCGUAUUAUUAUGAUUGGUACCUUAACUGCUCUUCAAUGGUUUAUCUAUGACUCAGUGAAGGUCUACUUCAGACUCCCUCGUCCUCCUCCCCCUGAGAUGCCAGAGUCCUUGAAGAAGAAGCUUGGUCUCACUGAAUAAACAAAUGGACAUUAAUCAUUCAGAUUUCAUUGACACUUUAAAGAUUUUUAUAAAUUCAACCAUGUAGGGUCUGCCUCCUAUCAGAUAUUAUGUGUUGUGCUCACACUCUGCUUGGUAGCCCAAAUGCUGUAAGUUGGUUUUACCACCGUACAUGUCUGUUUUAAAAUAAACAGAAGCUACAUAACACAAUGUUUCAUUAUUUAAUAUAUGAUGUGGUGGUGGUUGACUUGCUAUGGUGUGUGGGUGUAUUUAUAUAUAAAAAGUAAUUUAAGCAGUAAAGUUCCAUGUUUAAUUUUAAAGUUAAAUCUGUUAUUGUCAUCAAAUAAGUUAUCGUAUGUAUUGCCCACUGCAAGGUCAUUAAUAAAGACACUGAUCAAAAAUACAACACAAAGCCUUAUAUUAAAUUUGCACCUGGUGUGCUAACAUGUAAUUUCCCAUAAACGUUCAAUAUAAUCACAGUGGCAGAAGCUCCUCUGCCACGUACUUUUGGAGCGGUUUGAAGGCCAGACAUCUGUUUACAGACUAUGGCCUAAUGUCACUUUGGGGAGGUGUAUGGGGGGCCAGGAGCUCUGUCACAAGCACUCGAAUUACUUCAGCAUGCUUAAGGGACACUCUGGGUACCAUAGCAACUUUAGCUUAAAGAAACACUAUAGGGUUAGGGACACAUGUUUUCCUGAUCUUAAAGUGUUAAAAUCACCAUAUGCCUCCCUAAAUAUAGUAAAACCUUACUUGUAUUCAUGUCUGCAUUGCUACCGCUGACGUCAGGCAAGUUGGAAAUGAUUUCUGUGAGGCAAUAACAAUGCUUUCCAAUAGGAUUGGCUGGCAUUGUGAAACAGCCCUGGCCUGCAGAGGGUGGAGACACUGAAUGGCAGUACUGUACAACACUAUCACAGGUAGCACCUCUAGUAGCCAUCUAAGUGGCCAGUGGAAUUAUCCCUAGGCUGUAAUGUAAAGACUGUUUACUGCAAAAAUCCUGACGGGAAUGAUAAUACUCACCAGAACAAAUACAAUAAGCGGUAGUUGUUCUGAUGACUAGUGUCCCUUUUUAAUGAAGCAGUUUUAGUGUAUAGAUCAUGCUACUGCAGUCUCCUUGCAUUAAGGGAAGCUUAAAUAUUCGAUCUCCACAGGAAAUGUAGGUCACUUACAGGGUGAAGUGUGGCUACAGCAGUUGGACUAAAGUGAAAUUAUCUAUACACCAAAACCACUUCACGAAGCUAAAGUUGUUUUUAGUGCUUAUUGUGUGUGUCUUUAAUUCGAAUGAGCAGAGUUCCUUGUUGCAGGGUUGCCUUCAGGUUUUAAAUUGUUAACUUUAACUCCAAAGUCUUGUUCGGUGCCCAUCCACAUUUCCCUUCCCUCUUUCAUUGAGUCAAAGCCUUAAAUCAAGAAGCCUUGUACUGGGGUGCCUCUUAACAUAAUUGCAUAUCAACACUUAAAUUAAAAACCUUUGACGUGAACGUAAGUGGAGUGGCAGAGCGAACUGAAUAUUUUGGGGUUAAACUUCUAGUGUCUUAACCAUGCUCCAGGGACUCUGUUGCAUCAUAACCUCUUCAUUCCGAUGAAGCUGUUACGGUGCUAGGAUAGCAACUAAUUCUAUUAAACUUCUCAGUUUAUCAGAACUGGGCUCUAAUGUAGAUCUAGCUCUAGCCCUGUUAGAGAGCUGGGAAUUACAUCACUUAAAGGAACACUACAGGCAUCAUAAUAACUUCAUCUAAAUGUUAAUGUGGCUGGAUGCUUAUGGGCACACUUCUCAAGGGGUUAAACUGUUCAACGGGCUUAACUUCAAAGUUGUCUCAACUCUUCCCAGGUGGCAAGUGACUCUUAAUUCAGAAAAUUGGUGGCUUGAAAAGCUUUAAUUUUUUUUUUUUUUUUUUUUUGUGAAUGGGGGGGCAGUGGCUAAGAGCAUUGGCUGAUGGAACUUAGCCAAUCAGCAGUACUCUGCGCUUCCUGAUCCUGAAAUUUCAGAAAUUGUAUGCCGCCUGGGGAUAGUUGAGCAACUUUGGAGUUUAAGAACGGUUUAACCCCUUGAGGUAAGUGAGCCUGGGGGGUCCUCCUAACAGUUUCAUUAAGUUAUGGUGCCUAAACUGUCUCUUUAAGUAUGUGAAUUGUUUCUGAUACUGCACGUGGUCCAGUAUGUACACCAGGGGUAGUCAACCUUUUAAUACCUACCGCCCACUUUUGUUUAUUUGAUGGUAAAAUGUUCUUACCGCCCACCAGUGCCGCAGUAACUAAUUUUUAGAAAGGUGGGUUAAAAAAAAAAAACGUUUUUAAUGUACUUAACUAUCUAUUUUUGUUAUCUUAAUGUUUCCCUCUCCCUUCUUACCUUUUACCAGGGAGGUGUGUAUAUAUAAUGCUGCAAUCCAUGGUGGUCCAGUGGUGGCAUGUUCGCUUUAGCCUGCAGCUACGCUGGCUGGCUGACUCUCCUGUCCUCCUGUGAGCAUCGGUGUGUUGCCAUGGUAACGUGAGACAAUGCUUUGACCAGUCUGCUCGUGGGAGGAACACAUGCCCUUCCCUCUCUCUGCUGGAACCAAGUGUCAGCGGGCCGAUUAGGGAGUUCUUUGAUCUCGUCACCAGCCCAAGAGGGCUUAAAUGCAAGGAUGGCUCUGAAUGAGCCGGCAGGGGAGAUUAAAGGAUCUCUCCUGUCAGCCUUGGCCCACAUUUUCUGAUGAACCACCCACUAGUGGGUGGUAGGGACCAGGUUGACUACCCCUGAUAUACACAGUACUAAUAACACAAUCAAGAAACCAGAUUGUCAGAAUUACAAACCUGUAUUGCUGACAAUAGUGCUGAAGUGGCUGUUUAGGUUACUGAUUUCCCUCUCUGUGCAGUAAAACUUUGAUCCACGCCUUUUCUCCAACGCCAUGGCUAGCUCUGCCUCCAUGUCUGACAUUGAUGCUUUGCAAUAGGAAAGCAUGGUGCAUGCAAGACAAAGCGCUGCGCCAAUCAGCAUCUCCUUACAAAUGCAUUGAAUUGUUGCAUUUCCAUGGGCGAACUGUGAGCCUGUUAAGUGCUAACACUGUAGGGACAUGCUAGAUACACCAGAAACAUUACAUUAAGCUGUAGUGGUUCUAAUGGCUAUAGUGUCUCUUUAAAGAAGCAAAGUAAAGGAGGUAAUACGAUUUUAAACCUGCAUGUCUGCUAUUGCAAACACCUUAUGGUCUCACCCUUCCCUAACUUCCUUUCCCUGUUUUUAACCCCUUCAGUGCCACCACAGUGUUAGGAAAACAACUUUGUUUUGAUUUGUUCAUUGUACAACAACUGAAAGUUGUACAAAGUCUGUAAGUUCUAACAAUAAACCAGAUUUUCAAUGGGGGUCGAAUAAUUUUGAUUACAACUGUAGCUACCUGUGGAAAAAAUAUAUAAUUUUGAAAAUAUAAACAUCUUAUUGUCUUGUCUAUCACGAAGGUAACAUGGCUUCCAGAGCUACUUUGGCCGGAUGCAUUUAAGAGUAUUUCCCUUGCCUUCUCCUAGCUAAACAGGGCUUUGCCUCCUUUACUGCGUGCUCAUUUCGCGAGGGCCAUCUAAAGCUUUAUCUUUGCCUGAACUAAUCUGCAACAUGGCCAUCCACCAAACAUUAUAGAUUGGACGUACAGACCUCUGAAGAAGCAUCUUUUGGGUAUAAGGUAUUUUAGGCAGCAGAAAAAGAUAGACUGACCCACCCUUCUCUUGGCUUCUGUGUAUCUCUUGGGUGUGUGCUUCCUUUCUGCAGAAUCAUAAACUACAUUUUUACUUACUAUGAACUUAUUUUAUUUCUAGGAUUACAGGCAGUACAUGUUUCUCUUAGAUUUUAAUAAAUAUUUCU